AUGGAACAGAUCCAGAUCAUGGACCAGAUUUACGAAUGCGCCGUCUUGACAAUUAUUGCAGCCGCAGGAAGAAACGACAAUUAUGGGCUUCCCGGUAGAAUUGUGCAAACUUGGAGAAAGGGGCCAUUGAACUUCGCUCAGCUCAAGUACCCUGAAGAUGAGGUAGAAGGCUUUGUUUGGAAUACUCGAGGAUGGACCUUUCAAGAAAGCAUUCUGUCCCACCGGAGACUUAUAUUCACCGAGUCCUCAGCAUUUCUCCAAUGCGAGAAGUCCAAGGCUCACGAACUGCGGGGUAUUUAG